AUGGCAUCAUUUUUGGGCAUCUUGUUUGCUUACUUUUUUACCAGCAGCGUUCUAUGUUGCACGAAGAAGAGUCCUCAUGUUGAGCUUGAUUUGGAUGAGGAAAACGUCUUGCUAGAUCUUCAACAAAAUUUUACCCGAAAAGUUGGAUCAAACGAAUAUACCAACGGAAGAGUCUAUCAUUUUCCACAGCAUUCUGAAUACUUCGGAUAUACAAGGCCUCUAGUUUUUGCUGACGGAAGUAAAUUCUGUGAAGCAUUUCGCGGUAGUCUCAUCGUCCCAGAAACGGACGAAGAAAUGCUGCUUGCUCAAUCUCUUGGCAUGACCUUACACGAAGACUUUUUUAAAAGCGGAAGCAAGGAAGAAACUGAGAGAAUCACCAAGUUUGAGUUUGACAGUAAUAAUCUCUCCAAUGGCGUGAACAAAAUGACAGUUUACUCAUCAAGUUCAUGGGAGUCCGCCAAAGAAGAGCUGCUCAAUGUUAUUUGCGUCAACAGUACUGAAUUAAACGAUAUUCAGAACUUAGAGACACUUACAUUAAAAAUUGUUAGUGGGGUAACAAAUUAUAACGCUUCAAAUGUUUGUGAAGAUAAAUUCGGAUUAUCCACACCGACAAUCGAUACAGAGGAUGAUUUUAGGCUUUUCUACAAAAUAGUGGAAAUGAAGCUUGGCUUCAACAGCUGGCGAGAGAAAAACCAGAAUGCUUCAUUUGACAACAUUGACGAAAUAAUAACAUUUUCUGAGAAUCAAACAGUCAAAUUUCUGAUUCAAGGGAACGCUAGAAUGCUCAAAUUAGCUGCUCGAGGCAGAAACGAUGUUUUAAUGCAAUUGGAUACGAAAAUUGGCCUUGCAAGCUUACUAUGGGAGAGAAACAAGCCUAAAUCAACCAUUGGAAAAUGGGAAAUUGAAAGCUACGAUCCUGCACUUUAUACUCAUUUCGUCUUGUGCAAAGCAAAUUUGAAGCGAGGACUUGGAUUCAAGGGAACUUCGCUCAUCACAAGCUCUGGAAAAUCGACAAAAUACGCAUCUGCUACGCUUUGUACUUUUAUCUCCACAUUCUGUCUAUUUCACUUUCUCUAA